CCCCGAGGGGCGGGCAGGGCGACUACAAGCCCCAAACUGCCCGGCCAGGAGGCAGGGCGGGAGCGACGUGGCGCUGCGGGGCCCCGCUCUGGCCGCCGGACCCCGCUCCGCCCCGAGCCGAACCGAGCCACGCCAGGGGCCGCGGAGCGCCGCGGGCUCUGCCCCGCCGCGCCAUGGGUCGUGCACUGCUGGUCCUCCUCUUGUCUGCGACAGUCUCUCUCCUCGGCGGGCUGAUAUUUGGCUAUGAGCUGGGGAUUAUCUCUGGUGCACUGCUGCAGCUGCAGAUAGACUUCCACCUCAGCUGCUUCAGGCAAGAAGUUCUUGUGAGCUCCCUCCUCAUCGGAGCUCUCCUCGCCUCUCUGGUUGGGGGGAUCCUCAUCGACCGCCACGGACGGAGGAGAGCCAUCCUGGUCAGCAACUUGGUGCUGUUGGUUGGCAGCCUUGUUCUGACACUGACAAGGUCAUUUCUUGGUCUUGUCAUUGGGCGUGUGACUGUGGGCUUUGCCAUCUCUAUCUCAUCCAUGGCCUGCUGCAUCUACGUCUCAGAAAUGGUGGCUGCUCAGCGGAGAGGGUUGCUUGUGUCUCUCUAUGAAGCAGGCAUCACCGUAGGAAUCCUGCUCUCCUAUGCACUGAAUUACAUCUUUGCAGAUGUGGAUGAGGGAUGGAGGUACAUGUUUGGGUUGGCCAUUGCCCCCACAGCCAUGCAGUUCCUCAGCAUCCUCUUUCUCCCGGUGAACCCGAUUAAAUUAAGCUCAUGGGACUCAGACUACCAGAAGGGCCUCAUUCAGUUGCAGGACUCUGAGGACAGAGCAGCAGCAAAGAAGGAGCCCUAUAAGGAGAAGCAUUAUUCAUUUCUUGACCUUUUCAGGACCAGAGACAACAUGAGAAGGAGGACUCUGGUGGGCCUGGGACUGGUACUCUUCCAGCAGUUCACAGGGCAGCCCAAUGUGCUGGGCUAUGCCUCCAAAAUCUUCCACUCAGUGGGGUUCCAGAGCAACUCCUCAGCAAUCCUGGCCUCUGUUGGGCUAGGGGCAAUAAAAGUGGUGGCCACACUCAUUGCAAUGGCCUUUGCAGACAGGGCUGGCAGGAGAGUGCUACUCAUGGCUGGCUGCGUGGUGAUGGCCAUCUCUGUCACCACCAUUGGCCUCAGCAGCCGCAUUGCUCCGCUGGCCAUGGCCAGGGACUGCAAAGCAGCCGUGGACCCCAAUGCAUCCCACAGCCUCACCCAGCGCCCCCUGACACCUGUAUCCUCCCAGCUUGCUGUAUCACCCAUCCCACCAGCAUUAGGUGCUGGCAAAGGUCAGGCAGGUCCUGGGUUUGCUGCCACGAGGAGCCUUACAAAAGUUUUUGGCAGUACUCAAAGCACGGAGGUGGUUCCUGGUUCUUCCCUCACUUGGAAGAGGGGCUUGGAAGAGGCAGUGGGAAGCACAGGCCCUCCUUUCAGUGGUGCUCCCUGGGCAGAACAUAAGGUGUUAAACUGGAUUACACUGCUGAGCAUGAUGGCUUUUGUGAGUGCCUUCUCAGUUGGAUUUGGACCAAUGACCUGGCUGGUCCUCAGCGAGAUCUAUCCUGCUGGGAUAAGAGGAAGAGCAUUUGCCUUCUGCAACAGCUUUAACUGGGCUGCCAAUUUACUGAUCAGCCUCUCCUUCUUGGACCUCAUUGAUGCCAUUGGCUUCUCUUGGAUGUUUCUUCUCUAUGGCCUGAUGGGAGUGGUGGCUGUCAUCUUCAUUUACUGCUUUGUUCCCGAGACCAAAGGACAGUCCCUGGAGGAGAUAGACCAACAGUUCUCCCGGAAACGGGUGUGGGAAGGAAACGUGUUCCAGCAGAGACGUGGAAGAGGAGGAGCGAGCUGUUUGCACACCCAGUACCAGCGAGUGGAGCACACCAGCAGCAGAUGACACCAAAGCCAGAGACAUGCCCACAGCAUUGCUCUGGGAAGAGGAGCAGGCUGUACUAUCCAGACAGUUCUUCUUCAUGACCUCUAACUGGUGACCUCUCCUCAGAGAUGGUGCUCACCACAGUGCCUUAGAUCUGGGACAUGCCAAUAGCUGUCCUUUGGUUCCUUGAAGGAUCAUUGGUCCAGGGAACACAUCCUUCCUUUGAUACCUUUUCUUGUCAUGGUUUGUAGCUCCUGUCAUUGAAGGGGUUCAUGAUUUUAUACAAAGGAAUUAAAGCACAACUGUUGCUGAUGGUGCU